UCUUCCGACAGGUUUUCAUUUCGACUUUCUUAUUCUUCCACUUCCAUCCUUCCGUGGUUCCGUUCCAGUUGGUUCUUCGAAUUUUAUCGUGAUAAAACGUGUUAUCAUCUAUUAAAAUGCAAGUGCCGCCAAUUUUCAUGGAAUUGCCAUUAGAUGAUCAGGCACAAGAACUGAGAGUAUAUUUUAAAAAUCUUGGUGCAGAAAUUAGCGAAGAGAAAUCUCCAAAAGGUAUAGAAGAUGAUUUGCACAAAAUUAUCGGGGUAUGCGAGGCAUGUUUCAAAGAAGGCAACGAAAAUGAAAUAGAAACUGUAUUAAAUGACAUUGUCUCUAUCAUGAUUCUGAUACCUAUGGAACGUGCUGAAAAUUUAAUUUUGGCAUUUUGUGAGAAACUUGUAAAAGCACCUGGAUACAAGCUCGGAUUGGUCUGCCUAAAAGCUUUAUGGCUCUUAUUUCAAUCCCUUGCUGAUGAUUCACCAAUGAGAUAUCAUGUUUAUUAUCAUUUGGUACAAAUAGCUCGAAAUGUUGAUCAAGUAAAAGCUGUAUACAGUGGAAUAGAUCAAUUGAAGCAACAAUUUGCCUCCUUUCCUCCAUCAAAUGAGCAAAUGCAAAAAUUGCUACGUUUGUUGCACGAAGUUCUUCUAAGCUGCAAACAAGGAGAGCAAGCAGCAGCUGUUAUGGUAGAGUUGUUGGGAACUUAUACAGCAGAGAAUGCUUCUGCGGCUAGAGAAGAUGCACAGCGUUGUAUAUUAGCUGCGUUAGCAGAUCCAAAUACAUUUUUGUUAGAUCCACUUUUGGCUUUGAAACCUGUCAGAUUUUUAGAAGGAGAAUUGAUACACGAUUUACUUCUUGUAUUUGUACAAGAUAAAUUACCAGCCUAUUUGCAUUUCUAUCAACACCACAGAGAAUUUGUCGAGCAUCAACUUGGAUUGAACCAUGAACAAAACAUGAAGAAGAUGAGGCUGUUAACCUUUAUGCAACUUGCAGAGACAAAUCCAGAAAUGUCUUUUGAUACAAUACAAGAGGAGUUGCAAAUUGAUGAAUCUGAAGUAGAAAGCUUCAUAAUCGAUGUUUUAAAAACGAAACUUGUGAGAGCUCGAAUGGAUCAAGCCGGUCGUAAAGUAUUAAUUUCGAGCACGAUGCAUAGAACGUUUGGUCGUCCACAAUGGAUGCAACUGCGAGAUUUGCUCGUAUCGUGGAAAGCUAAUCUUUCGGCUGUACAGGAUGGCAUGAAGACUGUAGCCGCUACGCAAAUGGAACUUGCAGCAAAGAAUAAAGCUGCUCUUGCUCACUAACAGUACUGAAAAAUUCUAUAAAUAUGCACAAUUAUUCGUGAACAUACCGUGUCUCAUGAUAAGUAAACUUGAAUCAAUAAAUAUGAACGCGAUAAGAUGAAGUACUUCAUUUUUAUCAAAAGCAGAAUAUGAUUAUGUCAUGCGUUCAAUGGAGUUUUUUUCAUGCAUAACGUCUAAAUGUAUUAAUAUUUAAUUAUUCAGUCAAUAUGUUUAAAAAAAUUGCAAAAAGAUAUCCAUUCUUUUAUAAUAAAAUAUACGAUAUUAUAAAAAGCGUGUUUUUGACAAUUUGCUUAAUUUGCUUUGAACCUUACUUUCUAAAUGUAAUCCUCUUAUUAUAUUGACAUUUGCGAUGUAUUUCUCUAUAUCACGUUAAUUAUAUAAUCUUAUAAAG